AAUACAACAUGGUACCUACCCAGGGCUACCCUUCCCUUGACUAUUUUUCCCCUUUGAAAUACAACUUCAUUUUCCCAGAGAGAGAGACAGAGAGAGAGAGAUGGGUUGGUUAACGCGAUUCAUUGCGGCCGUGGCUUUCCUAGCAAUCGGAGUGAUAUUCUCGCCGGAGACCUUCGGAUCGAAAUCGGACGGUCAGAAUUCGUCGAAUCUUGCUAUCUACCUCAAGUUGGCUCAUCUCCUCGGCUUCUCCACGGCUUUUGGCUCCGGUCUCUGGGUUACCUUCAUUAGCGGCAUCAUCAUGUUCAAGAAUCUUCCAAGGCAUCAGUUUGGAAAUCUGCAAAGCAAGAUGUUUCCUGCAUAUUUCAGCAUGGUCAGUACCUGUUGUGCAAUAUCAGCAGGGUCGUUUGGGUAUCUGCAUCCAUGGAAGUCAUCAUCUACUGCUGAGAAGUACCAACUUGGCUUCUUGCUAUCUGCGUUUGCGUUCAAUCUUGCUAAUUUGGUUGUCUUUACUCCCAUGACCAUUGAGAUGAUGAAGCAAAGGCAUAAGGUGGAGAGAGAAUCCAGCAUUGGGGAAGAAGUUGGGUGGUCAAAGAAUGUGGAGGUUGCAAAGGUGAAUCCCAAGCUUAAGGCCAUGAACAAGAAAUUUGGGAUGAUUCAUGGUUUAUCAUCCCUCGCUAAUAUCAUGUCCUUUGGCAGCCUUGCCAUGCACUCGUGGUACGUGGCAGGUAAAACCAAUCUGUAAUUCGAAACUGGUUUCCCUUUAUUAGGGAAGGUGUUGUCUAGCUAUAGAUUACCUCCAUUCCAUUGAGCGAGGACCUUUGUGCUUUCUCUUCUUCUAUAAUUACCUCGGAUUCAUCCUGUCAAAUGUACGAUGGAACAAUACUUAAAUAAAUUAGAAAAGGGGUAAUUAUACGAUAUGUCAAGAGUAGGAAUCCUUUCCUUGUCUGUGGAUUAUAAUAAUAUAUUUUUAUGCUAAUAACAAUUGUUUUCCUUUUUAAA